CAGACUGUAUUGGUGAUUGAAAAAGUUGGCGCGCUCUUUGUAUGUGUGCAUCUGUGGUCAAAAUUAUCUUGGCAAGGUUGAUGUGAAAGCAUUCCGGGAAUCAACCUUUCAAAAGUCAUUUCAACUGUUUAUCCUAAUCUGCUUGCACUUUGAGAUUACUAUUCCAACUGAUCAAUCGAAAUUAUCAUGUGGCGAACCAUCCAUGUUUGGUGGUCUUGUGUUCUUGGUCCAUCUCUCUAUAGUGUUCCACUAAUUGCAACAUUUCAAUCGAUGGAAUAUAACCCCAAUUUUUUGGAAUCGGCAUCUAACUGUGCCAUAAAAAUGCUUCAAAUAACGGCAGGAGUGAUUAAAUGGACUGUUCUGUUCUGGAGUCCCUGGGCGUUUAGAAAUCUGAAAUUAUAUGAUAAUUUUUUCGAAUUCUCUAGAUUAGUUGCUGUAACACUUACUAUAUAUUUUUCGGCCCUUUUACUUAGAGGAACUGGAAGGUUUUGUAAUCAUACUUAUCAGGAGUUUAUGGCUUUAUUUUUGGAAUCUAAGGAAACGAUCAAUGAGGAGACGGUGAAUAAACUAACGCUCUACACUUUUAGUUCUCCGUGGCCUGUCCAUUUUGAUGUCCGACAGUUACCUAGUAUCUCCGUAAAACCAAAAAAGAUCACUCCUAAACGCAUAUCAGAUGUACCCACAUUAUUUGUGCCUUUGGUUUGGAUUAUAGCUCACACUAUUGGUAUCCGUAUGACAUAUGUUGGAUGUACAUGGAUUUUAAAUUCUCUUACAUUUAAAGCUCGAUUAGAUGCUCGAAGUAGAUUACAAAUGAAGUAUAGUAUUCAAAGAAUCGGACUAUCAACUAGAGAAGGGGAAUUCGUUGAAGCAUUUUAUGCUGAUCGUCGAAUCAAGUCAAGUUCAAAAUCUAUUUCACCUGAACAAGAUGAUUUGAAUGGAGAGAUUUUAGUACUCUGUUGUGAAGGUAAUGGUGGAUAUCCUGAGAUUGGAACUCCCUGGGUUCCACUUGAACGAGGUUAUUCAGUUUUAGGAUGGAAUCAUCCUGGUUUCGGAGAAAGCACGGGUUUACCAUUCCCGGAAAAGGAACAGAAUGCUGUUGAAGCAUGCUUUUUAUUUGCUGUACAUCGAUUACAUUUUCAACCUAGUCAAAUAUUCGUACUUGGUUGGUCGAUUGGUGGUUAUACAGCAUCUUGGAUAGCAAUGAACUAUCCUGAUAUAGCUGGUUUGGUUUUGGACGCUACUUUCGAUAAUAUAGAUGAACUGUCAAGACGGGUCGCACCAUCUAUAUUUGACCCGGUUUUGGAAUCUGUCGUUAAAAUGUAUCUGGAUUUAAACAAUUUAUCCCAUGUGAUUAAUUACGAUGGUCCAGUGCUUAUUAUUCGCCGCAGUGAUGAUGAAGUUAUCACCACUGGGGACGAUCAUUCACGUGCAACUAACAGAGGCAAUCACUUACUGAUUGGUUUAUUAAAGCAUCGAUUUCCGUAUCUGAUGACCGUAGAAAAUGAAUCCAUCCUCAAUGCAUAUUUAUCACUUAGCGCUGAAGAACAAAGUAAGGAAUUUCCAUAUGAAUAUUUUCGUUAUUUAAUUCCUGUUUUCAAUAAUAUUUAAUGUACUAAGACUGUUGCCUGAUGUUGACUAGAUCAAGCGAAUUGUAAAUUAGCUGGCGUCUUGUCUUACUACGAAAUCAAACUAACGUUACCAAAUCAACCUUGAACUCUCAAGUAGGAGGUGUACAUAUAUGUAUGUAAAUUGUAUAUAAUGACUAGUAUGUGUGACCUGUAAUAUGUUUCUCUUUCAUUCCGCUCUGGUGUCAUUUGCGAUUUUGUGUUCCCAAUUAUUAACCAGUAGAACAAGCGUGUCAGUGGUUAGUAGAGAUAUUUUUCACCAGAUUGUACUUUUUCUAACGAAACUGUUAAUCUAUUUCUCAUUUUUAUACUUACCCUAUCCAUGCUUUUUCACUCUCUCUCUUUCCUUGUGCAAUAAUUAGUUUGUCUUCUGUGAUAAUCGCGUAUAUUGUUGUUCUAUGGUUUCUACACGUUAAAAUUCAGUUUACAAAGAGUUAUGAUAUUCAUAUCUUAUCCUAUUCUUUUUCUAUAAAAAAAUUAUACAAAAACUAUGUACUUCACAUUUUGGUAAGUUGUUAGUUGAUAGACAUUUUGGCAUUAAUAUUCAUUGUACCAUAUAAAGUAAAUAAAUAGUGACAGGUAUAGAGUCUAAAUUGAUUUUUCAUUCUUGCGAUAUUUAUCAUUGAAAGAAGUUCCAAAGGAGCCUGUCAAUUGUACAUAAGGUCAUUUCACUUGUGAUCAUGGUUAAAUUUAGGAAGAUUUUUGACGAUAUUUUUUCUUCGUUUUCAUCUUAUACUGAUGUGAAUGUGCUCCAGAAGAUGAAAUAAUUUUCCGUCCGGUCUGCCAUUAUAAUUCUUUUCUAAAUAUAGAAAUUACUUAUUUUUAAGUGUAUUUUUUUUU